GUUGCGCUUCUAAUCUUCGCUCCACUUGCGCGACCCUAUCGCACCGCGCGCACGUACAGAGACAACUUAGUGUACUGUACAGUGCGUUUUUCUGUACGUUUAUCUCGGCCAGUGAGGCGAGAGCAAGAGAGAGAGAGAAAAGAGCAAAAGAGGAAGAAGGCAGUGCCUACCUUAGCUUGUUGGUUGGCUGACCAACCAAUAUCGGUGACUGCCUCCCCCGCUCGGACAAGAAGCCGAGGAGAUGAGAUGGGGGGAACUAGCGUGCGCAAUCAACCCCCUGGGCAAGAUGAGCUCAGGGACUGUACACAAAAGAAUAUAACGCAUCGGUUCGUUCCGCAUCCUCUCUUAUUUACCCUCCCUCCUUCUCUCUCCCCAACCCCCCUUCCUCCUCCUCCUCCAUCCUUCCCUUUCCCCCUUCUCGCCAUGGUCAGACUCUCCUCCUGGCUCAGCCUCGUGUCGCUGGCCAGCGCCGGCGCACUCGCGCUUCCCGGACCCAGCAUCGUCGAUGACCCGACGCUGCUCAUGCAGCAGCGGGGUGCCCCCGCCGAGCCAAAGGGCGUCAAGACCGUCGCGGGCCCCAACGGCUCCAAGAUCCGCUACAAGUCGCCAGACAUCUGCGAGACGACGCCUGGCGUCGGCUCCUACAGCGGCUACGUCGACCUGGACGAGGACACCCAUGUGUUCUUCUGGUUCUUUGAGGCACGCAAGGGCGCAAAGGAUGCCGACCUCACUCUCUGGCUCAACGGUGGGCCGGGCUCCGACUCGAUGCUGGGUCUCUUCCAGGAGCUGGGACCGUGCCACAUCACCGAGGACAUCAAGGCCGAGCUGAACCCGUACUCGUGGAACGAGGCGAGCAACAUGCUCUUUCUCUCGCAGCCCGCCGGCGUCGGCUACUCGUACGGCUACAAAAAGGAGGGCUACCUCGACCUCAACACGGGCGACGUCGUCAACCAGUCCACCCCGGACACCGACCCCAUGUUUGGCCGCUUCUCGCAGGUGAACCCGUACCAGGUCGACACGACGGAAAAGGCGGCAAAGGCCACCUGGGAGAUCCUCCAGGCCUUCAUCCAGGAGCUGCCUGCCAUUGACGCCAAGGUCAAGUCAAAGAAGUUCAACCUCUGGACAGAGUCGUACGGAGGCCACUACGGACCGGCCUUCUACCGCUACUUUGACGACGAGAACCAAAAGAUCGCAAACGGCUCCUCCAAGGGCGUGCACCUCGACAUGAACUCGCUCGGCAUCAUCAACGGCAUCAUCGACGCCCGGAUCCAGAUGCCCCAGUACCCGGAGUUCGCCCGGAACAACACUUACGGCAUCGAGCUCGUCAACCAGACGGCGUACGACGUCAUGAAGUUCAACCUCGUCCUCUCGGGCGGCUGCCUCGACUCCAUCGACGCCUGCCACGCCCUCGACAGGUCGACGAGGAUCGGCAUGGCGAGCUGCGCAGAGGCCACGGCGGUGUGCCGCAACAUGGUCGAGGGCGUCUACUACGCCAACGAGGAGCGCGGUGUCUACGACAUCCGACACCCCUACAACGACCCGGACCCGCCCACGUUCUUUGUCAACUACCUCAACCAGUCCGACGUCCAGAACAAACUCGGCGUCGACGUCAACUACACCAUGACGUCCAGCACCCCGGUCUACUAUGGGUUCGACACCACGGGCGACUACGUCUACGGAACGCUCAUCAAGGACCUCGAGCACCUCGUCGCCAAGGGCGUUCGUGUCGGCCUCUACUAUGGCGAUGCCGACUACAUCUGCAACUGGUUCGGCGGUGAGCAGAUCAGCCUCAACCUCAACUACUCGCAUGCUGCCGAGUUCAAAAAGGCCGGCUACGCGCCCCUGACCGUCAACGGGACCCAGUACGGCGAGGUGAGGCAGUACGGCAACUUUAGCUUUGCCCGCAUCUACGAGGCCGGCCACGAGGUUCCCUUCUACCAGCCCGAGGCCUCGCUCGCCUUUUUCAAGCGCCACAUCAACCACCUCGACGUCGCCACGGGCAAGGUCAAGCUCACCUCCACCUACUCGACGUCGGGCAAUGCAGAGACGACGCACACCGAGAGCGCCCCGCCGCUCGCGUCGGCCACUGCCUCGUCUGCGGCGUGAUGACUUUCCCUACACUAUUCCCUUCGCCUUCUCUUCGCCUUCUCCGAUGGCAUUCUGUUCACUCAUAGAUGCAUCCUAAUCAUACGUGGACACACAACUUUGGUCUAAAAUCAUCGGAUCUUCAGGGAAAUAUCAUCAUUACGUGCGAC